AUGCUUCAGUCUAUCGUCUUUGCUCUCCCUCCCAGCUCUCCUCCUGCCCAACCGCGGACCCUGCAAAGAAACUCCCCAUUGGCCGCUCCUAGUGUGUCUCCAGCUGGUCACCGACCCGAGGUUUGGCCCUUUUUUGUUUCUUCUUUUGCUUCUUUUUCUUCUUUUUCUUCUUCUUCUUCUUCUUCUUCUUAUUCUCCUUCUUCGUCUUCGUCUUCUGCUGUUGGUGGUUCGUCCAAAAAGGCGGGCGGUUCCAGCCAAAGUAACGACAUCGUCACUUUUUCCUCUCUCACACACACUCCACGCACCCGCAACCGCAAACCACGCAACGCCAGCCAGCCAAAAAGCAAAGAAGCCCCUGAAGAACGGCCAACGAGAGCAAAGAAACGGCGCGAGCGAGCGAACAGAGUCGAUCCUUAG